UUGCUGGCUGUAAGUUUUCUUAUAGUCUUCUUGCAGGUCAUCCAUAAAAUAGUUAGCUAUUCAUUAUUAAUACAUGACCUACUUAUCUCUCUCACAAAAUUUCUUGGUUUUUUGUGUCUAAGCUGACUGUAAGCUUACAACCUCACAGCCUGCUUCUUCUCUCUCUUCUCCCUUCUCUCCUCCACAUCAGCAUUUAGCCAGCUUACAGUCCACUAUAAUACUUGCUCUGAGAGCGAGAGAUUAUGAUACCUACCUUGUUGUAAGCCCCAGCCUAUUGCCUGGCAGGCUUCCCAGUUAAGAGAUACCUUUCUCCUGCGAUUACCGAACCACUCUAAUGCCCGUCGCCAUCACCAAUUCAGCAUAAUGCCUCUGCCGUUGCUGUCCGCAAAGCCAUAUCCUCCCUCUCGGCCCGGUGGUGGUGAGUGGUAGGCGGCCGGCCGGCCGGCCCAAGAAUUCCAUCCAGGGUGGGGACUGGGACUGGGGAGCGCCGCCGCGUCCGUCCAAGAAACAAGAGGACCGCCCGGAGAGAAGGAAGGAAGGAAGAUCGAGCGAGGCAUGAAGGACCUGGUGUCGUGCUUCAGCGAGCACGCCGUGCGGAUCUCCGACGUCGCCGCCUGCUCCGGCUCCGGCGCCGCCAAUGCCGCGGCCGCGGGCGGCGCGCCGGAGGCAGGCGGCGGGGGGAGGGCGCCGGCUGUGAGCGCGGUGACCACCGCGUACCGGUCCCGGCUCUCGGCGUCCGGGAAGGAGCUACUCAUCGACGUCACGUGGUCUCGGGCGCCCGACGGGCCGGCGCUCUCCGUCGCCGUCCACGAGGCCGCCACCGCCGCCGCCGCCGCCGCCUCGCGCCACCACCGGGCCAGCAACGCGGCGGCGGCGCUGCGCCACCUGCACAAGAAGAAGGGGAGCGGGACGUUCACGGCGGGGAGCUGCGUGGUGGGCGUGUUCUGGGACUACGCCGCGGCGCGGUACGCCGACACCGCUGGCGCUGGCGCGUGGGCGGGGCCCGAGCCGACCUCCGGGUUCUACGUGGCCGUGGUGGCCGACGCCGAGUUCGUGCUCCUGCUGGGCGACCUCAGCCGCGGGUACGUCGACCGCCUGCACGGCGGGAUACCGAUCGCGGGGUCCCGUUUGGCGCGGCGCCGGGAGCGGUUCGUCGGGUGCGGCUGCUGGUCCACGAGGGCGCGGUUCCUCGAGUCCGGCGACGAGCACGAGAUCGGCGUCGUGGUGCGGGACGGCGACGCGGAGGCGUGGGUCACCGUGGACGGCCGGAAAGUCGUGCAGCUCCGGCGGCUGCGGUGGAACUUCCGCGGCAGCCACACCAUCUUCCUCGACGGCGGCGCGCCCGUCGACAUGACGUGGGACCUGCACGGCUGGCUCUUCCACGCGGCGGGCGCCGCCGAGUUGCCGCCCCACCCGUCCUCCUCCUCCUCCUCUUCCUCUUCCUCCUGCGCCGUGUUCACGUUCCAGGCGCGCGGCGCGUCGGAGACAACGAAGCUGUGGACGGACGACGAUUGCUUCUUCGCCGCCGCCGACGACGACGGCGAGGAGACGGACAAGCUGCCGGUGACGCCGAGCGGCGGUCGGCGACAGAAGGCGGGAGGAGGCGGUGGGGCGUCGUCGGGGCAGGGGUUCUGCCUGCUGAUCCAAGGAUUCAGGGGCUUUUCCAAGAGCACUUAACCUGUACAUGCGACUUUCGAUCGCCAUUUUCUCACUUCUUGGCUUCCUUGGGGUUUGUUAUCUUGGGAUUGAUUAGGAUAGUAGACAUUCAGUUGGUUGACUGUUGUUGAUCAAUCUGAUGCAUCACAAGGGGUGGUGUGAUUGUGAAUAGGGUCAGAGAGAGAGAGGUUGACACACACAAAGAGAUUCGUUUCAGUUUGCUGCAUCGCGCUGUGCUAAUUUCCUACAAUGACAUGACUGUAACUGCGUUCUCCUAGUUACUUAUCAGAAAUACACCAAUGAUUGGAUCUUAUGUUUACUCUUA